AUGAUAUCGUCAGCUUUCAUAUCAUUCCUCUUUUCGCUGUUAAACUCGUUGCUUUUUCAGAAUCAGCAAGUGAUAGAAGAAUUGGGUAUUAAACGACUUACCGUUGAGCCAGAUGACGUUAAGUCUACUUCCACAAAAGCAACUACCAGGAUGAAAAUUCCUACAGUUUAUACAUGGAGAACACCACCUGGAACUGUCUUAACUAAGUGCGCUGCUGUUAGUUCUAUGAUGCGAGUUAUUGUAGAAGAUCAGAAAAGCGGCAUAAGUCUGACAACAUUUUUUAGUACUACACCAAAAGAUAUUAUCGCUGUGAAUGGUACUUGUGAAGAGGAACAACAGGAUAUAACAAUUAGAUGGAUACCAGCUGUUGGUUACCCAUACUGGAGUCUUACAUUUUAUUUUGUUCGGCAUAAAGAAAGAUACACUUUGGAACAAGUAAAACUCAAGUAUAGAAAGGAUUCAUCAGGAAAUGGUUUUUUUUUAGAUGAUGAGAAUGAAGCUGAUACGGAUACAGCGUUGUUCAGUCUUCCUGUUGGGGCGUAUUAUGUAUGUGAUAGAAAAAUAUAUAAAGAGCUAUUUAUGAAAGAUGAAGAGGAAUCAAAAAUUGACAUUUAUUUCAUGAAUUUCACCAUAGAAGCAUUCCGACCUUCUGACCAUGCAGAAUUUGAAAGCCUUGGUGUAGAUUGUCCAGCUAGUAGACCCUGGCUUUUUAAAGUCCCACUUGUUGUAAGUAUUUCACUACUUGUGCCAUGCCUUCUUGUACUCUUGUCACUCAUAAUCAUCCGUUUUGGCAAACAAUCACUUUACGCAUCAAUAAAAUAA